UCCCCAAAUUUUGUCUGUAUUUUUUUCUUUUGAAUUUUUUAUUCUAAUAAGUUUUCACCUUCUCAUACUUGGGCAAAAACUCAACCCACCCUUUGACCGGAAAGAAAAUCGAGGAACAACCCGUGUAGCAAGCCCGAAUACCCGAUUAUAUAUAUCGUUCUUUAAAAUGUCUCUCUUUUAAGAGCGAACAGAAACUUUCACGGAUCUCACUGAUUCCCUUUCAUCACCGCUCUUACAAGCUUCUCAACCAAGCUUUCCGAACGAGGGUGAUGGUUAAAGACAGAGUGGUUUACUGAGUUCAGUGGAGUAGAUAUUGUUUGUCGAUUCCACGAUGAGAGGUUUUCGAGCGACUUUGAGAGUUGCAGCUACUGUAAUUUUAACUCUGUGGAUUGGCAUUGCUGCUUUGUAUCAUUUGUUAAAGCCGAUUUCGAAUGGAUGUGUUAUGACCUAUAUGUAUCCUACAUACAUUCCGAUUUUGUCAACUGAAGGAGCUUCGUCGAUGAAGUAUGGGUUGUAUUUGUAUCAUGAAGGUUGGAGAAAAAUUGAUUUUAAGGAGCAUUUGAAGCAGCUUAAUGGUGUACCGGUUCUUUUUAUUCCCGGGAAUGGUGGUAGCUACAAACAGGUUCGAUCGUUAGCAGCCGAAUCUGAUAGGGCAUAUCAAGGAGGUUCACUUGAACAUUCAUUUUAUCAAGAAGUGUUCCUGACUUCUGAGGAAGGCGGUGCAGAUAUGAACGCAUCUGGCUUUCAAUUACCCAAUCAGUAUUCUUGCAGACUGGACUGGUUUGCUGUGGAUCUUGAAGGUGAACAUUCUGCAAUGGAUGGUCAGAUACUUGAAGAGCAUGCAGAAUAUGUUGUGUAUGCCAUCCACAGGAUUUUAGAUCAGUAUAGAGAAUCUCAUGAAGCUCGAGAGAGAGAAGGUUCUGCGGCGUCUGGGAGUUUGCCUAAAAGUGUGAUAUUGGUUGGUCACUCUAUGGGUGGUUUUAUUGCUAGAGCUGCUAUUAUCCACCCACUUUUAAGGAAGUCAGCUGUCGAGACUGUACUCACGCUUUCAAGCCCACACCAAUCCCCUCCUUUGGCAUUGCAGCCAUCCCUGGGUUACUAUUUUGCUAGUGUAAAUCAUGAAUGGAGAAAGGGAUAUGAGGUCCAUACCACUUUGACAGGACAUCAUGUAUCUGAUCCUAGACUUUCUCAUGUUGUUGUUGUUUCCAUUUCCGGUGGUUAUCAUGACUAUCAGGUGCGGUCAGAGUUAGAAUCCCUUGAUGGUAUUGUGCCUUCCACCCAUGGCUUUAUGAUAACUAGUAUGGGCAUGAAAAAUGUGUGGCUGUCAAUGGAACAUCAAGCUAUUUUAUGGUGUAAUCAACUAGUCAUUCAAGUGAGUGAAACUUUCUUUUAG